CCUAAAACAGGUAAGUUGGUAAUUUGUAUCAUCAAUAUUUGAAAUUUUUAAUGCCAACUUUUAAAAAUUCACUAUUUAAUUUAUUAUUAGAAGAUAUUAUUUUGAUUGGUUGGUUGGUUUGUCUUCACCUUCGCCAGAUUAUUUAUAACAUGCUUUAUUUAUCUUGUCAGUCUGGCAUUACACAGUUUUUUUUAAUAUCAAACAUAAAUAGUUAUUAUCGAAACUGUAACAAAUAUGACAGAAUCACAAACGGGAAAUAUGGGUACCGAAAAAAUGGACGAAGCACCAGAAGAAGAUAAGAAAAAGGUUACUCACGCCCCAAAAAAAUCGGAAUCUAUGUAUAUUUCAGCCCAUAAAUCCAAGAGCGGCAGCUACAAAUCUGUUACGAAAGUGGGAUCCAGAUCCAAAGUCGACUUAAAAAACGCACCGAAAUCGGGACACGAUAUAAAAACUACAACCAGCAGCAAACAAUUCAAAAAACGGAAAAGGGCAGCGGAAUUUUCAACUUCCGAAGAAAAAAUUUUAGAAAUACCUUCUUCCAUCGAAGUCAUAAAUUCUUCCUCGGAGGAAUCGUCUUCGGAGGAAGAGAAAGAAAUAGUGCGGAAAAGCAAGCCUAAGAUGAAAAAGGGAAAAAUCGGAGCGCAGUCAGAAGAAGCUCUUGCUAAAAGAGGAAAAAAAGAAUCUGCAGCUGUGAAAGGUGUAAAAUUAAAAUUAGAAGGGGAUGAAGUAGUCAAAGAAGGCGAAAUGACUGAAGAUGAACUGGUAGCAGAAUUCAUAAAAUCGAAAGCCGGGCAUUACAAACCGCCACCACCGUUGCCAGAUCCCGCUGUUCUGCUAGAAGAAGCCAUGAUCAAGUUGGUGAAGAAACCGAACAUGAAGAAAGAGGAAAUCGAAGAAAUCCGGAUUCAACAAGAAGCGGAAAUAGCUAGGAAAAUAGAGCAAGAGGUGCAAAAGCGAGCUGACGAGUUGGAGAGGGUCAUGGAGAACGAGCGACGCGAACAAAUCGAUGCUCAGCUCAGAGCGGAUCAGCUCGAAAAGUCCGUUAUUAUGACGCAAGAAGUGGUCCAUCAUUUCCGAGAGACUCUUAGAACUGAAAAGGAACUCAGAGAAUGGGAGUUGUAUCUUCAAUGUCGUAAAUUACCCAAUCCAGCAUUUUGCAACGAUAUGACGACGUUUCUUCGCAUGUGGGAGGAGAAUAUGACUGUCAUCACCAUACCAGAAGCUUCUGAAACAACAAAACAAUGUUUGGAAUUGAUCAGCGAUCUCGAAGAGGUGAUCGCACUAGCCACAGAAGACGAUCAACACAAGCUUCCAAAUUGGUUCUGGAUCCGUCAGCUGUUCCGCGAUCAGCAAACAGUCUGUUUGGAUAUUGCGACUUACAGGCUUAUGAAGAACGUUGGCAAGAACAUGAAUCGAGUAAAUAUACCGAUAGCUGAUUACAAUUUCAAAGAUGAUUAUUCUACUAUAUGCGUUUGGUUGCGCGUACAAAAUCCAAUACCUCUGACCAAUCCGAGGAGACCACCAAGACCGAGAAUAAUCAUUACGUUUGAGAAAAUACACAAUUUUAAACUGAUGUUACCGUACGUAUUGGAUUGUCACGAAAAAGCCGUGAGGGUCAUGUACUUAAGGUACGACCACCAGAGUGAUACUUGCGAAAAUAGCAAACCGCCAACAUUCCCGCCUUCAUUCGAUUUAGAUAUGCUGCAAACUUUUAAAAACGAAUGGCGCACGAAAUUGAAAUAUAAAUACGAACGUCGGGAUAGACAGCAACCUCCUAGCAAAGACGAUCCGGAAUAUGAAAAUUGGGUACCGGAACAGGAGGAAUUCGGACCGGACGAAGAAUAUCCGUUCGUACCUUACAAGCAUCUAAUUCCUUCGCCCAACGAGUAUGUCGCCAUCUUAGAAGAGUUUAGAUACAAUCAAGAAAAAAAGGCUUUUCUCGAUUUAGUACCAGUUGAAACGGAAGCUCUUAAUUUGAGAAAGUUUUCAAUAUUAGGAGGUAUUUUUGCGGUACACUAUAUCUGCCAGCCCCCUCAGCCGUCCACGUUCGCCACUAUGACACACAUAUAUGAAGCCAGGCUGUUUAUUCCUCAAGAACUUACAUAUGUAAAAUUUUUCGCCGAAUACGAUCCGCCUAUCGAAUAUCUAUUUGUGGAUCCGAAUGCACGAAAACAACCGACUCCAGAAUAUGUGGAAGAAUACCAGAUGCAGCAGGAUGCUUUGAAUACUCUCAUUAUGAUUGGUUUGAAGAUACCCCAGGGAGUGAUUUUUCUACGACAACCAGAAGUGUAUGUGUGGCUCGAAGAUGAAAAGUAUUGGACGAAUAAGUAUAUUCAUUAUUCGCAUUUUGACCAAGAAUCACAACGUAUCGAAUUCAGGUCUCAGAAAUUUGGACUUUUCGCUUUAGCAACUCCAAGAUACGGACAUUUGCCAUACAAAUGUUGGGAAAUUAAACCUGAGAUAGAUGGAUCGGUCACAAUAAGUAUCGUCGCUUCCGUAUUGAUUCUAGAAUUUAUAGUUAAAGAUGGAUUGAUUUGUCUUUCUCUGAUAGAGAACUGUCCCAGGAGGAACGCAUUGCAAGACAAAUUAUUCGAAUAUAAGCAGUUCCAUAUGUUGAAAAAGAUGUUAAAAAACCACGGAGUAGAUAUAUUUCCUGAGGCAGAUUCUUAUUUUUAUGUUGAAGGAGGUCUAGAAAAGCACUGGCCGACAGAAAAACAUUUGUACACCAAUAUGGCCGCCUUGUGUGGAUCUUUUAAUUUCGCUUGGUCCAAGUGGAAUGCGGCACAAUCGAGAAAAAGUUUCGUAGUACAAAUGAGAGAAUACGCACCGAAAAAAAGAAAACAAAAAAGUUUUACGUUAAUGAUGGCGUCGUCUCUCAAGGCCGUUUAUCUAAAAUGCGCUGAAGAUACAGAAGAAUUUAGUCCAGAACCUAUGGAAGGUAUAAAGUUCAGUGCUGACCUGUAUAAUUUAAUGAAAAGUACUGUCAGUAUGUUCUUGAGAAAUACAAUAGAAGAUUAUUCGAAGAUGAAUAUUCAUGUUUUAACUGAUUUCUUGGUAUCAACAAGACUGAUGAGCUUUUGUUAAAAACAAAAACAGUAACAUGAGAGAAUAUUAUUGGAAUAUCCCUUUGCAAAAUCUUGUUCAACUUGUACGGAACCCAUAAUAAAAUUAUAUUCAACCAUC